AUGUCUUCGGUAGGCGACGUUGCGGAAGGGUGCUCAGGAUAUCAAAUUUCGCAGUCUUUGUCGCCGCUUGUUAGUCCAUCAUCACCUGAUGUUUAUAGUAGCCGAGGUGGUGGCAGCCCUUCACCAUGUACUUCCCCUAAACGGCUAAGCGACUCUCUAAUUCUUCUUCAUCUUCCUUUCAACCAGCACUCAAAAGUAGAAGUGAAACCUGGGAUUCUUGCACGGGAUGCUAUUGCUAAAAUUUUGGAGAAACGAGCAAUAUUGCCUCAGAUGUGCAGAGUGUGUGUUGGCGGUGACCCUUCUAGUCCACGUAUCGACCUUAGCAUGGAUUUAGAAACAUUAUCCAAUACUUUGGAAAAGAAAGAGCUUUGGGUGCACAGUGCAUAUCUCUCUAUAUUGGUAUCUAUCAAACACAGUUUUGUGCGGAAAACUUUUUUAUCAGUAGCAUUCUGUGACGUUUGUCACAAACAAAUAUGGCUACAAGGAUAUCGAUGUGAGUUGUGCCAGUUCACGUUCCAUCAGAAAUGUGGUUCUAAAGUUCCAAAUUAUUGUGAUCGUAUGCAGCAAAUUUCGCAUGAUGUUCGAAUGGCAAAUAAAUUACGAGAUAUAUGUGAUCAGUAUGAAGGUCCGAACGCGGCACUUGUUGCUGAAAUUAUUCAACACUUCCAAAGUCCUACUGCAGAUCCUCUGCCGAAUCGUGUGGGUAUUUCACGUCAGCAAGCUGUUCGUUUACCAGGUCGACCCGAAAUUACAGUUGGAAUAAAUGAAUCAUCCCGGGAUCGUUCGUCAUCAGCUCCCAAUAUUUAUGAAAUAACAAAAGAUGAAGCGCUACGUGAAACGAAAGUGUUAGACGCAUUGAGCAACAAUGUCCAUGUGUUUAUUCAACCAUCAGGAACAGCAAGGACAGCAAAACCGAUAAAUUUUUCCGGUCUUCGAGACUGGCAAUUGACUAGUAAUCGAAGGCCAAAUCGUUUGCACCCAUCAACUCUAGCAGGAAUGGUAUCACCAUGUUUCACCACUUCACCUUCUUCUACGAGUUCUUCGCCUCCACCUCCUUAUUCUGGAGCCACAUAUGAUCCUAAUUCAGGAUUACCCCCUACACCACCACAAUCCGCACCUCCUCAGAAGACAUUUGGUUUUCGUUUUCGCAGCAAAAGUCCAAACGACAAAAUUCCGAUUAAAGGACCAGGCGGUCGGUCGUCUGUCUCUUCGGAUCGGCUAGGUGAAUCUCAUGAAGGUGAUUACAAGGAAAAAUUAAAACAGCGAAUUUUGAUGGAAGGUUGGGAAAUCGAUCGGGCCCUGGUAACAUAUUACAAAAAAAUUGGUAGUGGUUCCUUUGGUACUGUGUAUUUGGGCAGUUAUUUUGGGAAAGUGGCAAUUAAAAAAUUAAAUGUUGGUGAACCAAGUCCUGCUCAGCUUCAAGCCUUCAAAAAUGAAGUUGGUGUAUUGAAGAAAACUAGACAUGCAAAUGUUUUGCUUUUCAUGGGUUGGUUGCGUGAACCAGACCUUGCAAUUGUCACUCAGUGGUGUGAAGGGUCUUCUUUAUACAGACAAAUACACGUGAAUGAACCUCGAGUAGACUUCGAAAUAUCGUCAGUUAUUGAUAUUUGCAAGCAAAUCGCUCAGGGAAUGAAUUAUUUACACUCUCGUCAUAUCAUUCAUAGAGAUCUUAAAACGAACAACAUUUUCUUAACUGAUGAUGGUACAGUUAAAAUUGGUGAUUUUGGUUUGGCCACUGUGAAGACACGAUGGAGUGGUGGACAACAAAAUCAGCAGCCAACUGGAAGUAUCCUUUGGAUGGCGCCGGAAGUGAUAAGAAUGCAGGAUGCAAACCCAUACACAACUCUUUCUGAUGUAUACUCAUUUGGCAUUUGUUUAUUCGAAUUGUUGUCAGGAGUUUUACCCUAUUCACAUAUCAAUAGCAGAGAUCAGAUUUUGUUCAUGGUUGGACGCGGUUAUUUGAAGCCAGAUUUGACUAAAGUACGGCAUGACACACCUAAGGGGUUGUUAACAUCGCUUGAAAAAUGCAUUAAGUUUUGUCGAGACGAGCGUCCGGAAUUUGAACAGGUUCUCAUUUAUCUUGAGCGAGCCUCAGCAGGUCUUCCACGACUAAAGCGUUCUGUGUCAGAACCGCAAAUAUAUAGAAGUUAUUAUGAUCAGCAUGAUUUCUUGUUACCGGUUCAGACACCGAAUUCUCCGAAAACAAAUACAGUUGCAAAUUUUUCGCUCUUUACUACAUAUAGCUGGACCGAUCAGUUGUAA